UCCGCCUUUUUCCGGAAAAGUUUUCUAGAAGAUGGAGGCUGAUUUGUAUGACGAGUUUGGUAAUUACAUCGGUCCAGAGCUGGACUCUGACGACGAUGACGAUGAUCUGGAUGCAGAGGACAGGGACAUUGACGAGGGGGAUGAAGAUGAAGAAGAUGAGCCUGCAAAUGAGGAUGAGAACGUACCUGGCAUGGAGGUGGUCCUGCAUGAGGACAAGAAAUACUAUCCCACAGCGGAGGAGGUUUACGGGCCGGAAGUGGAAACUAUUGUCCAGGAAGAAGACACGCAACCACUUACUGAGCCCAUCAUCAAGCCAGUCAAGCACAAGAAGUUCACAUUGAUGGAGCAGGAGUUACCUGCCACUGUUUAUGACAUGGAGUUUCUGGCAGAUUUGAUGGACGGUACCGAGCUGAUCCGUAACGUCACCCUCUGUAGGGAUGAUGUCGAUCUCCGGUACACAGACAUCCUUUUCACUGAGCAGGAGCGAGGGGUCGGCAUCAAAAGCACYCCAGUCACGAUGGUGCUGCCAGACUCCAGAGGAAAAUCCUACCUUUUCAACAUCAUGGAUACACCAGGCCAUGUGAACUUCUCUGAUGAGGUCACAUCCAGCAUGAGGAUCUCAGACGGAGUUGUCCUCUUCAUCGAUGCAGCUGAAGGAGUGAUGCUGAACACGGAGCGCCUGAUCAAACAUGCCGUCCAGGAGCGCAUGGCCAUCACCAUCUGCAUCAACAAGGUGGACCGGCUCAUCGUUGAGCUCAAACUGCCGCCAACAGAUGCUUAUUAUAAACUUCGACACAUUGUGGACGAGGUCAACGGUUUGCUCAGUACGUACUCCACAGACGAGAACCUGGUGGUGUCUCCGCUCCUCGGGAACGUUUGCUUCGCCAGCUCUCAGUACAGCAUCUGUUUCACCCUGGGGUCCUUCGCCAAGAUCUACUCAGACACCUACGGUGAGACCACUUAUCAAACAAAUCUCCUUUUAACUUUUUCCCUUCAGGUCGCUGAUCCCGUUGUGACCUUUUGUGAGACGGUGGUUGAGACUUCGUCUCUUAAGUGCUUUGCUGAGACGCCCAACAAAAAGAAUAAGAUCACCAUGAUCGCUGAGCCUCUGGAGAAGGGGCUCGCCGAGGACAUCGAGAACGAAGUGGUGCAGAUCACGUGGAACAGGAAGAAGCUGGGAGAGUUCUUCCAGACGAAGUACGACUGGGAUCUGCUGGCUGCCAGGUCUAUCUGGGCCUUUGGACCAGACACAACGGGGCCAAAUAUUCUAGUGGAUGACACGCUUCCUUCGGAGGUGGACAAAGCUUUGCUCGGUUCAGUCAAAGACAGCAUCGUUCAGGGCUUCCAGUGGGGCACCAGGGAGGGGCCUCUGUGUGAUGAGCCUAUUAGAAAUGUGAAGUUUAAGAUCCUGGAUGCCGUCAUCGCGCAGGAGCCUCUCCACAGAGGAGGAGGUCAGGUCAUCCCCACAGCCAGGAGGGUGGUCUACUCCGCCUUUCUCAUGGCCACUCCAAGGUUAAUGGAGCCGUACUACUUUGUGGAGGUCCAGGCUCCAGCUGACUGUGUGUCUGCCGUCUACACCGUUCUGGCGAGAAGAAGAGGUCACGUCACCCAGGAUGCGCCCAUCCCCGGCUCUCCUCUCUACACCAUCAAGGCUUUCAUCCCGGCCAUAGACUCGUUCGGCUUUGAGACCGACCUUCGCACACACACACAGGGUCAGGCCUUCGCGCUGUCUGUGUUCCACCACUGGCAGAUUGUUCCCGGUGACCCGCUGGACAAGAGCAUCGUGAUCCGGCCCCUCGAGCCUCAGCCCGCCCCSCACCUGGCCCGAGAGUUCAUGAUCAAGACCAGAAGACGCAAGGGUCUGAGCGAAGAUGUGAGUAUCAGCAAGUUCUUCGACGAUCCCAUGUUGUUGGAGUUGGCGAAGCAGGACGUGGUGCUUAAUUAUCCGAUGUGAGGGAACUUUUCAAUCUACAGAACAGGUGUAGCUGUUAAACAUCGGAUCCAUCUGCUUGUCCUCAUCUUUCGUUGUAUUUUUAUUUUUUUAUUUGUACAAAACGUUUUUUUUUUGUAGCUCGACUUGUCUUUGGAUUAAAUGAGAAAAGAGUUGGACUUGAUUAUGUUUGAAUAAAAAUGUUUUUAAACCAAA